AUAUUGUCAUAGGCGGUGCCGGGGACUUGGUGAAAAUGGUACACAACGGCAUCGAGUACGGUGAUAUUCAACUGAUCUGCGCAGCGUGUCACCUGAUGCUGGCGCUGGGCAUGACACGGAAAGAAAUGGCACAGGAGUUCGACGUGUGGAACAAGGGCGUAUUGGAUUCGUUCCUGAUCGAGAUCCCGCACGAUUUUCUGAACGGCGACGUUGAGGGAUAGAUGCUUGAGCUCAUUCGUGACUUGGCCACAAGGAUACGGGCAAAUUGUCGGCGGUUGCCGCCCUGCGCCAUGCCGUUCCGGUGAUGCUAAUUGAUGGAGCGGUCUUUUCCCGCUGCUUAUCUGCUCUGAAAGAUGAGCAUGCUCAGGGCAGCAAUCAACCGGCCGGGCCCAGCACGAAAGGUAUCGUGUGCGCAGGGCUUCGUGUUGCAGCGCGAAGCGGAGAUGGAUCCCAAACAAAUGGACCCCAAACUACGAUUGUAUUGAAUUGAUGUGGCGCUGCGGUUGA